AUGGUAACUCCUAAAAUGUCGAGGAAGGCUUUGGAAAAUAUGAAGCCAGUCGUCGCCGAAGUGGUUCCCUUCGAGUGUCCUUUCAGGGAGUUCCGAGAUAAUGAAUUGCAAAUAGACACUUGGGGCUUGGGUCCAGCCGCCUUCAGAGCUCAUUAUUAUGUAGUAAAGGCGGCAGUGAAGACCUCACAUGAGCCACCAAUCUGGAUCGAUGACCAAACCCAGCCUUUACCAAGGUCAGCACAACACUUCCUCCAUGGAUGGAUCAGGGCUGAAGAUCUGGCAGAAGCUAGAUGGAAUGCCGAAGUACUCAUUUUUGAGGAUAAUGAUGGUGGCAAAAUGGCAAUAUCAGACAUUCAGCUCAGUCACACCCAAGUCCUGUUCAGGUCUUCGUUUUGCAGAGAAGUCCUGUCUGCCUGCUUUAUAUUGGAACGAGUUGAGAGUUUAGCGAUAGAACACCAGUGGGAAAUGUUCUCGUGUAGCUUUGGUCAGGAAGGCUGGCGACCAAAAUACCAUAUUUACUCUCCGGGAACCAAACCUGGAGGCGGGACGCAGCAUAAACCUACUUUAUCUAAAAAUGGUUGCUACCUAGUUCGUCUCUUCUACCUGGGUGCAUGGCGAUGCGUCUGGGUCAAUGAUUAUGUACCAGUGGAUUCUAAUGGAGCACCCUUGCUACCAUUCUCCCCACUCAUGACCCAUCCUCCAGGAAAACCGGGGUCGAAGCACGUACCUCCUGCUGUGACAGCCAGCGUGAUCUAUUUGUGGCCCUUACUGCUCACUAAGGCGCUGCUCAAGCUGGCUGCUCCUGACGGGAAUUCUGAUGACUCCGAUGGCGUGGUUGACGAACAGUUAAAGGGCUUUGACAUCAUGCAUGCGUUGACUGGCUGUGUCAAUAUUUCUUAUCCUAUGUCUAGUGCUGAGGAUUUAUGGACACGGAUCACUUCCGAAGUACCAUUGUUUUCUUGGGAUGAUGAUGAUGAAACCCAGCCUAGCACCAUCAAAUCUAGGAGCACUAAGAAGUCUACUGCCAAGGAGUUAGCGAACGUUGUUAGGAGAAAUAGUUUGACGUACAUCGAUCUCGUAGACACGAAAGACUGCCCCCCUUACCAGCUCCCAGGGAUAACGCCGGGACAUGAGAUGAACUUGCUUGUCACGAUGGCAAGGGAUCUACCUCUGAAGAAACCUUUACCAGAACCAGAGGUAGCCUUGUGGAAAUACUAUCGUUGGGUGGACUGGGCUAAAAGACAUGGUCUUUACGCCAUGUACGCCUGUCCAAGGACCAGAUUCCUCAAGGUUAAUGGGCUAAUGAAGCUCUCUUACGCUCCUCAUCUUUUAGACGUCCAGAGUACAGAAUCGAUAACGUACGGAUUUAUAGAAGAACACGGCAUGGAAGACACGAGUGAUAACAAAAAGAAAAAAGACAGGAAAACGAAAGACCAGACGAAGUCCGCAAUGAAUGCUGCCGCGGCCUUACAGGUGCAACAGAUGAAGGAGGAACUCAGAGAAUGGGUUCAAUUCAUGGAGCUCCAAAGCCUAGUAAAAUGUUUGCACGUCUUAUUCUACCCAUCGAUGUUCAACUUCGCUUCAGCUGGAAGUAAUCCUCCAAUGAGACUACCUACAGCAAAGGGGGCUGUCCCAAAGGCGACAGAUAUAACUGCUCCAAAAGGCGCUCCUCUAUACUUCCAAUUAGAUGGACCAGAAGUCAAUAAAAUAAAAAUCUCUUUGAGCUCACUUCAUCCCAGAGUCCUUGCCAAUUGUGGAUCCCGUAUCCCCGAUUAUGUAGAAAAAUCUUAUGUUGUACUAGAAAAGUUUGAAUGGUUCAAUGAUGCUGAAUUACCUGUUCCAUCCGGGUUUGCCACUACCAGAAGAUAUCAGUCACUUGAGCUUGAUUACCCUCCAGGAAGGCACUAUUUUAGGGUCUGGGUACACGCUCGAGUAAAUUGGAGUCUUAUGGUGAUCAGUGAGUCAACGUUACUCCUUGGCACAAAAGAUGUUAUCCAAGGCGCUGCUGUCCGUGAUUGUCCAUGGGCAUCAAAGUUCCUUUCAAACCUGGGAUUAGCUUUUCUAAAUUGGACCAAAGUGGUCCGUUCUACGCAGAACGUAAUGAUACAAGCUGAUAGGGAAUUUUUCAGUUCUUAUGCCCCUGAUCUUCCUUGGGACAAGAAAGUAGUUGGCUACGACCCUCAUCUACGUCACUGGAUGUUCAGGCAAGCGCUCCAGUCACGUCUGCAAAAAUCUCUUGGCCAGACAGAAUGGAAACAAGUAGUCAGUGUUCUAAGGAAAUACUUCUGUGAUCCCAAUUUCGGCUUUACGGAAAAACCUCGGCCGGUGAAAUCGUUACGGAAUAUUGCCGAUUUAGAAGUCUGUGAUUGCGUAAUGCCCGAAGUUGAGGAGACUGAAAUUUAUGAAGAACAGCACCUUGAGGAAACUGAAAUGGUAGCUGAAGACGAAAAACCUUUGGUAGAUUCCACGAUGAUGGCGCAAUUGCUGACGUACCCAGAGCCACCAAUAACAUCUCAAGUUUGUGAAUUGGCUACGGAUCAACUACAGUGUGGAUUGUUGAAGGAAGAAAGGGAGAAGGUGAUCAGUAGACAUGAAGCUGCCAUAGCCAUUCAGGCACAUUGGCGAGGUACUUGGGCAAGGAAAUGCCUGAAUUCAACCGCAACUUUUACACCUGAAAUUCUUAAAUAUGUGCAAGAUCAAGCCUUCGGGACAGUAGAUUCUUUAUCUAUGCUGAUGAAUGAGUUCUUUACGAUGUUCCCUGGAGCUAAAUAUGCGUACUCCGUGUCCUCAGCUCUCAGUGGAGUCUACGGUUUUCAGCAGCAUACAGGAACAACUCCAGUGUUUCCUAAAUGUGUGUGGGUUCCAUAUUUCCAGGGAGUUUUUUAUUGCCAUGCGCCUGUAAAGGUCCAUUUUGAUGUCCAUAGCAACUUGGGCCAUAGUAUGCUAGCUGUGUAUGAUAACGAUACUUCGGCACAACUACCUCAAGCCUUCAACUCUCAUAUCACUUAUGAUUUCAACCCGAACGUUUUUGGGUAA